CAGUGUUAUUAGUCUGCCAAAAGUAUAUUUUAAUAAAUAUUCUUCAUAAUCUCCCAUAAAUUAACUUAAAUUUUGUGAUAAAACAAAUACAACUUUUUUAAAGUUUUCAUUUAAGCUUAACAUUAUUAGUGCAGUAAUUUCUUUUAAAGAAAUCAAAAAAGUAAAACAAACAAGUGGUGCCUUUAUUAAAGCUUGGCCUAAAAUAAAGCAAGUAAUUAAAAUUCUAAAUGUUAAAAUAAAAACUUACAAAUCCAGAAAUCUCGUUAAAAAGAAAAAGUUGCAGCAGACUUUUAAUUGUAGAGGCACGAUAAAUUAUAAUAAAAAUUCAUACUAAAAAGCCUUGCAUGUAAUAUUGUUCUAAAUAAAAAAAAAACACAUAAUAAUUGAAUAAAAUUCGUAAACACGACUAUAUGACGAAGUUCUCGUUUUUUUUUUUAACCUAGAAAAAUUCUUUAAAAUAAAGUAUAAUCUUAGGUAUUAGCUUAUUUUGAGAUAUAAAUAAGUACCUAAAGCCUACACAUCCUGUGCAGUGAAAAUAACAAUACAUCCAUGUUAAAUAAAUUUUAAAGUUAAUGAUUAAAUUUCCCUUAAUAGUUUUACAAUUUCUUAUUUAUACGUGUAUGCAUUUGUAAUUAGUGAAAGUGAAAAUCAUCAUUUAAAAUCCAAAUCUGAAAUGCAAUAAAUUUGAAAUAGAUUUAUUUCGACCCAUCAAAAUAAGCGUAAGAAGAAAAGAGAUAGAAAAAUUGUUGCGGCAUAUACUCGUAUAAUAACAGCCACACUGACUGGCCACUGACAUCAUCAUCUUUAUCACUGGAUUUUCAAAAUGACCACAGAUCUGCUUUUUCCUAAAAUUGCGGAUUGUUCAUACGUUUCAUGUUAUUGCGAAGAAAAUGUUUGGAAACUUUGCGAACAAGUUAAGAAAACCCGUAUCGACGAACUUUCUAAAUGUUAUGCUGUGUUUGUAUCAAAUGAGGGUCGCACCGUGCCCUUAUGGCGCCAAAAGGCGGGACGUGGAGAUGACCAAGUUGUGAUAUGGGACUAUCAUGUAUUUUUUAUGCACAAUCCUUCCCCAAAUAGAUGUCUGGUAUUCGAUUUAGAUACGACCCUUCCUUUUCCAACAUAUUUUCAUAAAUAUGUUACAGAAACAUUUCGUUCCGAUUUAGCUUUAAGGCAAGAACAUCACAGAUUCUUUCGUGUAAUACCUGCUGAAACAUAUCUUGCUGAAUUCUCAUCAGAUCGAAGGCAUAUGAGAAGGCCAGAUGGUAGCUGGAUAAAACCUCCACCCUCGUAUCCGCCCAUACAAUCAUGUAGUAAUACCCACACUUUGGGUGAUUUCAUUUGUAUGAGUCCCGGCAAAGGACCUGGCUCGGUCUAUAGCCUUUCAGAGUUUGUUCAAAACUUCUAUAAAUCUCCAAAUGUUGUGGCGCAACAAAAUAAUAAAUAAUAUCAUCCAAUAGAUAUUUUAAAAGUGUGACUAUUAGUUAAAUUUAAUUGAAAAUUUUCAUUUAAGAACUUUAAUACUGCAUUAAAAAAUUACCAACAAUAUUAAGACUACCGCACUUUACAGUUAAAGAAUAAUAAAACUAAAACAGCAUCAGCAAAAAACGAAUAUGUAUGUGAAUAAAAGAUUAUUUUUUGUUCUA